CAGAAAAUGACACGGAAACCCAUCUUUGUUCGCUUUCGAGGAUCAAAGAUUUAUAUCCUUGCAACUGUGUGCGUGUCACUUUUUACAGAUGUAAGAUCGAGAGCACUAUGUGUGUAUCAGAUCAAUGACUAGACCUGACAAGUACUUGUUUAUUUACAGAUGAUAACAUAUAGUAUUAUUGUUCCCAUUAGUAAGUCUUGAUCAACUAAUCUAUGGUAUGGUUAACAUCAUGUAUAUAGUUCCUUUCACGAUCGAUGCUAUUGAGAGAGGAAGAUCACCGAAUAAUCCUGGGUAUGAUCCAUAUCACUCUGAGCUUCACGAUCCAGGGGACGUCUCGAAGCAAUCAGGUGCAUUGCUUGCUCUUUUUUCUGUUGGUCUCAUUGCGGGAUCUCUUGGCUUCGGUUAUUUAGGUGACCGAUUAAAGCAUCGCCAGGGCUUGAUGCUUGUUGGUAUUCUCGGCCUUAUAGGAUCAACAUUACUCUUUAUGUUUAGCGAAUAUUACUGGGAACUCUUGGUUGCUCGAUUUUUGCAAGGAAUAGCUGAUGCAUGUGUAUGGACUUUGGGUAUGUGUCUGAUAAGCGAUACAUUUCCUAUUGAAGAACUGGGAACUCAGAUGGGUCGAGUUAUGAUGUUCCAUUCUGUUGGCAUGGUUGCCGGUGCACCCAUAGGAGUAGCACUCUACCAAACAAGGGGAUAUAAAGCACCAUUCAUCUUUUGCGUUGCACUAGCUGGCGUUGAUUUACUGCUGCGGUUGUUUCUUGUAGAACGUAAAAAUAAUCCAUCAGAAUGGUUUAUGAAACAAAACGAACAACGAAUUGAAGAGUCACGCGCGGCGACAAUGGAUAGUGAUGCCCCAGAAGAAAAGAAGGAUGUAGUAACCUAUUGGAUGCUCUUGAAACAACACCGGUUGCUGGCGGGCAUGCUCAUGGCUUUCUCAAAUGGUACACUCAUGGGCGUGCUUGAGUCUACAUUGAACGUAAGAUUAGCAUCCGAAUGGGGACUCAAUUCUGGUCAAAUCGGCGUGGUGUUUAUUGCUGCUGUUGCGCCUACCUUUGUCGCUUCCCCACUUGCUGGUUAUCUCGCAGACAAGUUGGGAGCCAAGGUGGUCGUGAUACCUACAUGGAUCAUAGGCAGUGUGGCCACGAUACUCAUGGGUGUUCCUAACAAGUCGACCGCGGGCGGAAUUGCUCCACUUAUCAUUCUGACAGUCAUACAGGGAUUUUGUGUCGCUGCUUUCUUGACGCCUGUUUUGUCCGAAAUGGGACAUGUCGUUCAGUCCUUGAACCCAGAUGGUUCUGAUGACGGGCAAGGUAGAAGUUAUGCGUUGUUCAAUGUUGCUUUUGCCCUAGGUGGUAUCGUUGGUCCUUUCUUGGGUGGUUAUUUGUACAAGGCGAUUGGAUUCUUUUGGGUAAACUUUGUUAUGGGAUGCUUCCUACUAGUCUGUGCCCCUUAUGUGUUUGUGUUUGUUGGAGAAAGAGGAAAGUUUAUUGUGAGGCAAAAGUGUAACGAAGACGAACCCAUUCGUUCUGAGGAUAUAGAAGUGUAUGCUGCUAAAGCCGAGAUGAAGCCUAUGGAAGCGUAAAGGGACUAUUAUUUAUAUCUGCAUACUUCUUUCUUAUUUGCAUAUACAUAUUUUACCUUACUCUGUAAUCAAUUAAUACAAAUCCAUCAUUUUACUCCACGCUUAGUCAUAUAGUUCUGCUUAGA